AUGAAAUUAUCCAAGAACAUGCCAAGGAGUCGCAAGUACAAAAGGCAACAGAAUCCUUCAACAAAACACUCAACUCAUCAAAAUCGACUUUCCUUUCUUUUCAGAGGCAGCGACAGGUUACUUCUCAGCGCAUUAAUCUCCACCUUUUUAACUUCACCUACAAAAUGGUUCGCCGUUGCUCUGGCAAGGUGUCUCUCCGGAGCAGUCCUUGCCGCGCCGACAGCGACCAGUGACAACUUGAUUGUCAAGCGUGCUGGAAUCAAGGAUGCUGCAACCGGUUUUGCAAGCCAGAACGGUGGGACAACUGGUGGCGCCGGCGGCACCACCACCACCACUACCACUGUCUCUUCUUAUGCUGCCUUUACGGCGGCAGUCAAGGAAGACGCGAAGAAAGUGCUAUUUGUGUCUGGAACAAUCACUCAGACUGCGGAUCAAGCCCGGGUCGGAAGCAACACCAGCAUCAUCGGCAAGGACUCCAACGCAAAGCUGGUCAACUUUGGCGUAGAACACAAUAAGGACUACUACGAUGGUCUGAUUGACGUAAGUAGUUCUGGUCUCUUGACUUGUCACCUUGCUGUUUGUCGAAAGCAUACUAAAUCCCGCGAUCGGAUCACCCACGCCGCAGACUAUGUCACGGUCUCUAACAGCUACAUCCACGACCACUGGAAAGCAUCCUUGAUCGGCCACUCGGACAAGAACGGCGCCGAAGAUACAGGCCACCUCCACCUUACCCAGAACAACAACCACUGGAAGAACAUCCACUCCCGGACUCCACCCAUCCGGUUUGGCACCGGCCACAUCUACAAGAGCUACUCUGAAGUUGACGACAGCAUCAACACCCGCGAUGCCGCGCAGGUUCUCGUCGAGUCUAACGUGUUCAGCGGCUCAACCAAGCCUCUCUACUCAACUGAUGCCGGCUAUGCAUUUGAGAGGGACAACGACUUUGGAGCCGGUGCGAACGCGGCCUUGGCCGGCACGCUCAAGUCUGUGCCUUAUUCUUAUUCGCUGCUUGGAUCGAAGAAUGUCGAGAGUGUGGUUGUCGGCUCUGCUGGUCAGACUUUGAAGUUCUGA